UUGUAGGUAAGCCUUCAGUUUGGACACACAUUCUCCAGGCUGGCUAAGUUUUAUAGAUGUCCCUGAGGAGGUCUCCAUGAAGACGUUUCAGAUUCCAUCACAAGGCAUUAUUGGGGCACUUUCAAGUCUUCGUGUAAUGAAAGAGAAGAGCAUAAUUCUUCCAUCAAGCAGCCAGCGUUUGUCUCAUUCUGCAGGUAAUCUAAAACAGAUGUAACAGAAGCUAUCCUGGGAAUCGGCAGAUAUGUUAAGCAUAGUGGAAGGCCUUCUCAUUUUUAUAGCAGUUAGUGAAUCAGUACUGGGGGUUUUAGGGAAUGGAUUUAUUGGACUUGUAAACUGUAUGGACUGUGUGAAGAACAAAAAGUUUUCUAUGAUUGGCUUCAUCUUCACCGGCUUAGCUACUUCCAGAAUUUGUCUGAUAUUGAUAGUAAUGGCAGAUGGAUUUAUAAAGAUAUUCUCUCCAGAUAUGUACUCUUCUGGUCACCUAAUUGAUUAUAUUAGUUACUUAUGGAUAAUUAUCAAUCAAUCAAACAUCUGGUUUGCCACCAGCCUCAGCACCUUCUACUUCCUGAAGAUAGCAAAUUUUUCCCACCACAUGUUUCUCUGGUUGAAGGGUAGAAUCAAUUGGGUUCUUCCCCUUCUGAUGGGAUCCUUGUUUAUUUCAUGGCUCUUUACGUUCCCUCAAAUUGUGAAGAUUCUUAGCGACGGUAAAGUGGGGAAUGGAAACGCAACCUGGCAGCUCAACAUGCCGAAGAGUGAGUUCUUAACUAAGCAGAUUUUGGUCAACAUAGGAGUCCUUCUCCUCUUCACGCUAUUCCUGAUUACAUGUUUCCUGUUAAUCAUUUCCCUUUGGAGACACAGCAGGCGGAUGCAAUUGAAUGUCACUGGAUUCCAAGACCCCAGUACAGAAGCGCAUAUGAAAGCCAUGAAAGUUUUGAUAUCUUUCAUCAUCCUCUUUAUCUUGCAUUUUAUAGGCCUGGCCAUAGAAAUAGCAUGCUUCACAAUGCCAGAAAAAAAAUUGCUGUUUAUUUUUGGUAUGACGACCACAGUCUUGUACCCCUGGGGUCACUCAUUUAUCCUCAUUCUCGGAAACAGCAAGCUAAAGCAAGCCUCUCUGAGAGCACUGCAGCAGGUCAAGUGCUGUUAAGACAGGGUGAUUGCUCCCAGCCGCAGAGACUCGCGUGGGGAGAA